AUGGCUGUUGCUAUUGCGCUCUCCAUUGUGGGCGCAUUGAACAUCUACCAAGGAACUCCCAAGUCGGAUAGUUAUUCGUUGUGGAAAGCUGGGAAAGCACCUCGUGGCCAGACCUACCAAGGCAGCACUGCUCUACUGCAAGGUGCCUUCAUUGCCCUUUUGUUUAUCGGUAUCCGCGUUAUUUACACCCUUGUUGCCGUCUGCACUCAGCAGAAAGAUCUCAGCCCAGUGACCGCCUCCAUUGCUGUGCGCGUUGUAUUCUUGUUUCUCCCAGAAGUCUUUGCGGCACUGGCCAUGAUCACCGUGGGUCUUCGAGCAAGACAUCUUCAAGAACUCAAACUGGCAACGGGGUAUUAG